UAUUUAUCUUCCCCUCCCUCUGUGUCCUUGUGCAUGCGACACUCGUCUCUUAUUUUUUCUUGAAGAAGCAGAUGGAGGAUUAUAUUGUAAAAUUGGUUGUUUCGGGAGUUAUUUCAUGGGCGAGUGCUUUCAUGGUAGUCAGGAGGAUGUUCCCCAAGCGCUCUUUCGGUUUCUGCAACCGCCUUGUUUCUACGAUUCAUGCAACUCUGGCAGUGACCUUGUCCUCACUCACUGUGGAGGAUUGGCGUUGCCCAGUUUGUCCUCUGGCCUCAAAAUCAUCUCCAAAGCAGAUGCAAACGCUAGCGGUGACCCUGGCUUAUCUCAUCUAUGAUCUGAUUUGCUGCCUCUUGGAGGACAAACGUGUCAAUCUCGACAAUUCGAUCCACCAUUUAGUUAGCAUUGUUGGUAUUGGAGCAGGCCUCUUCUACGAAAUGUGUGGAUCAGAGAUGGUUGCAUCAUUAUGGAUAACAGAGAUAUCCAGCCCUUUCUUACACUUGAGGGAGCUUCUCAAAGAGCUUGGGUACAGGGACACCGAUCUUAAUUUGACCGUUGAUAUGUUAUUUGCAAUCAUAUUCACAAUUGCAAGGAUGAUAUGUGGUCCAUGCCUCGUUUAUGUCACUCUAUCUGCCAGCAAUCCCCUCCUCAUAAAGGCAAUGGCUUUGGGAUUGCAGCUGGUCAGUGCUUUCUGGUUCUUCAAGAUUGCUAGGAUGGUGAAAUACAAAAUGACUAAAAGGACUAAAUCUAAAGCAGUUGCUUCAAGCCUAUAACAUGGCCACACUGUAAUAAAAACUCCAGCAGGCUUCCUCUCUUUGUUGUCUUCGAAUUGCUUCUUCACCUCUCAGUUCUCACGAAAUUGCACUACUAUUGAACACCAAAAAUCAGGGCUGCGGGGUGGAGGUACACGGGGCUUCAAUGCCUAAAAACAUGUUCUCUCUCCUAACAGUCUGGAUGUCAUGUACCUUAGUUUAUUGUUUGGAUGUCAUGUACAAGUUUAUUGUUUGGCUGUGUUCCUUCUCUUACUGACUAGUUUACAUGUUUAAAUUGCUAUAAUAGAUGGCCAACUUUACAACUA